AACAUGUCUCCAGCAAUCAUCGAAGGUGGCUUUCAGUUACCGUUGUAUCAAGACCCGCACGAAUUGAAAAGGAGACGGAAUCGACUAGCUCAGCGGAAGCAUCGCCAACGUGAGUUUCAUGGCUACUCUCACGAGCAAGGCUAACAUUCCUACCUCAGGUACGUCGACUGGUUCUCAAGAAAACCGCAAGCGACAGAAUAAAAAUGAGCGAGGCUCUGUUAAUCCCCAAACACCUGGACGUAGUGAAGUAUCAACACAAUAUUCCUGGGACACACCAAGACAUCAUGAUGAGUUGACUGCAUUCGAACCUUGCGAAAUGGGCUCUGUGAUGGACUUUUCAUUGCCCACUCCAGCAGAAGACGACAGCAAUUCGAAUGGAACAUCUCCAGAACUCGAACAGCUCAUCUCACAAACGUGGCAGCUACCUUUGGAAAACAUGAAUACAGGCUUUACGUCUAACAUCGAUUCAAUCUCUCAUCCAAUAUAUCAACAUGAGGAUACUGUGACGUUUCCCUAUCAGUCACUCGAUCAAACAAUUCAAUUGGAGAUGCCUUCGACUCAAUUCGUCCAGAUGACGUCCGAGGUUGGAGUAUUGCAGCCUAUAAGAAAGUAUUUGGGCACUUCUCCGUCUACUUUGAGGACUUCAGAUUUUGAACGGGUACACCACAACAGCAUGGAAAACCAUGAGCCUCGUGGUGACAAACUGCAAGGUGCUGAGAGGCAAAGGAACGAGUACAGUAGCACACGAGCAGGCCCAAGACUCUCUCCGGAAGGGCAUCAAAUCUCGGCCGAGCCAUUGAAGGCGAAAACUAGCAGUCGUGAGGUUGAAGCUCUCGAGACUCGGUUUGAGCGUGUUAUCAAAUACGUCGAAGAAGCAGGCUUUGAAAGCAUCGACGAUAUGACUACUCAGUACUAUACCACAGUGUUCAAAGAGGAUAGCGUGCCCUAUUGGGCUCAAUCAAGAAGUCGAAGCCGUACUUUGCCUGGUUUUCUCACUUCUGUGCAUGAAAGUACUAAGACAUGGACGAUCCGUGACGUGCAGAGUUAUCAGCAACAUGUUACCAAGAUCGCGGAAAGCAUAUAUCUCAAUGAGCUUGCAACAGCGAAUCAGAACAUCAGGAUGAAUGAAGGAACGCGUCAUCAAACACCAGAACAGCACCCAACACCAUCAAUUAGACAAGAUGACAGAAAGCUUGAUAAUCUUUGGACAGCAGUCAUCGACUUGGAACUCAGCCCAGGGUUGAAGCGAAAGAAAACCAUGAUACGCGAGAAUGUAAGUACUCCUUGCAACACAAAGACUAUACAAGUAGGUUCUGAUAGGAUAUAGAUGCCAGAACUUUGGUCUCUCCUAAUUGAAAUAGCACACAAAGCGGACAUAAGUCAGCCUCGUGGGUCCCAGGCAGUUGGUGCCUUUAUUCUUCUGCUGAUGGAAUCCUGCACGCCAUAGAAUGGGCUCAUUGACUCGACUCGAGAGCUACUGGGUCUGCAAAAGUGGUUAAUGAGCACUGGGCGCAAUUUGCGCAACUUGCGCUGGCAGCGAAGACAGCGCAGAGAGCGCAAAUAGCACGGGUGUAUGGAGACAACUUUUAUGAAAGCAAAAACUACCCCAAAGCUGGUUUCUUCUUUUUAUGACGCUCACUUGAAGCACAACGAAGCCCUCUUUCGUGCGAGUUAGUAGACUUGAAAGAAACUUGGUGCUCUAAAGCCCUAUCAUGGCUU